GGCGUGAGGGCGGCGAUGGCGGCCGCGCCCCGCGGGGCUCGGCGGUGCGUGAGGGCUCUUAGGGCCCACAGUGGUCUCAGGCUUCCAGAACCAUCCUCAGAGAGCUGUGUGAAACCACAGGUGCAGGAACCUGAGAGCCCUGAGUCCCAGGUGAGGGGUGUUGGUGUGUCCUGUGCCUCAGAGGCCAAGCAGUGCUCAGUCAGGAGGAUGACCAGUUCCUGGCAGAUGGGAGGCACGUGUUCUGCAAAAGCUGCUGUUCACUGGCACGAGGCACCUGAUUCACCUGGGUGGAACUUCCCGUCCAUGUUUCUGCUCGUUGCCUUCGUCCUAUCUCUUGGCGGCUCUGAGCAGAGCCUGGUCCACGAACACGAGCCCAGGUGGCCACAACGCGCUGAGGAGUUAAACCCCACCGCCAGCACAGUCCAGCCCCGUGCCACGCACCGGGCGGGGCCGGGACUCGAACCCGCAACCCUCCGACCCGCAGGGCCCGCGUUGGCCGGGCGGGGGCGCGGCGGCGCCGGCGCCGCCCGGAAGCGGAGCGCGGCCGGGCUCGUGUCCGCGCCGCCCGCAGCCCCGCCGGGGCCGCCCGCCCCCGCCAUGGCCCCCGCGCCCGACUACUACGAGGAGGAGGAGCUGGAGAGCGCCGAGGAGGAGGACGGCGAGCGGAGCGCCCGGGCCCGCGACUCCGACGAGGACACUGAGGAUGCCAGUGAAACAGACCUGGCAAAGCACGAGGAGGAGGACUUUGUAGAAAUGAAAGAACAGAUGUAUCAGGACAAACUGGCAUCUCUGAAGAGGCAGUUACAGCAGCUGCAGGAAGGUACUCUUCAGGAAUAUCAGAAAAGGAUGAAGAAGUUGGACCAGCAGUACAAAGAAAGGAUACGAAAUGCAGAACUGUUCCUGCAGCUGGAAACAGAUCAGGUGGAGAAAAAUUAUGUGAAGGAAAAGAAAGCAGCAGCAAAGGAGUUUGAAGAUAAGAAAAUUGAGCUUAAGGAGAAUCUGAUAGCAGAGUUGGAAGAGAAGAAGAAGAUGAUUGAGAAUGAAAAGCUAACCAUGGAAUUAACAGGAGAUUCAAUGGAAGUGAAGCCCAUUAUGACGAGGAAACUGAGACGGCGACCAAAUGAUCCAGUUCCUAUCCCAGACAAGAGGAGGAAACCUGCCCCUGCUCAGCUAAAUUAUUUGUUGACUGAUGAGCAAAUAAUGGAGGACCUAAGAACGCUGAAUAAGCUCAAAUCACCCAAGAGACCAGCCUCCCCCUCCUCUCCCGAGCACCUCCCAGCUACACCAGCAGAGUCUCCAGCACAGCGAUUUGAAGCUCGGAUAGAAGAUGGCAAACUCUACUAUGACAAGAGAUGGUACCACAAGAGCCAAGCUAUUUACCUGGAGUCUAAAGAGAACACCAAGAUCAGCUGUGUGAUCAGUUCUGUGGGUGCCAACGAGAUCUGGGUGAGGAAAACCAGCGACAGCACCAAGAUGAGGAUCUACCUGGGGCAGCUGCAGCGGGGCGUGUUUGUGAUCCGCCGGCGCUCGGCCACCUGACUCUGCCCUGCCCUGGUUUCUGUCAGAUCACCAAUCUUCUGCCAGGGGCUCACAGGCUGCUCACUCCUCCCAGCAGCAGGGAACAGUCCUGACCUCUGACGAGACACUUUGUGGCUGGCCACAUAAUCCCCAGUAGUCCUUAAACCUUUAGUGAUGCCCAAGCACUGCCCUGGACUAUUUCUGGAUUUUGCAUCAAGCUUCUGUACGCUCUCUUUGUAUUUUGGGUGACUGUUUGAGAAGACUUGGCAUCAUCUUCCUUUUUGUUGUUGUUUCGUGGUGCACAGAUGAGACUUGUGUGUCAAAAACAUCAUCAUCAUGUUUCUGUUGGGAGUCUGACCAGUGGAAGAAGCUUUGCUUGUCAAGACCUGAGGUUAUUUGUGCUUUUUGGCCUUGUUUCCCUGCAAUGCUCAGGAUUUUGGGCAAACGAUGAAUCCUGCCAGGUUUCAGCUGCAGCUGAGAUGCCUCCAGAAUACCUGGUACACAACAUCAUUUAUUGGAUGGACUGUUGAAAGACUGGAGACUUUUUUAGGAUGGUGUGAACAGCUCAGAAACUGCUGAAAUACAGUGAUUUUAAUGUAGCUCAGAGUCACGCGUGGUUAGUCAGAAGCUUCCGUUUCUCUUCACAUUAAAAAACCCUUCAAU